ACUUCAUGUCGCAAGCACAACGACAAACAUAGCAUUGCUGCCGUAUAAUCGGUUUUGAUUACGCGCUUCAUUAUCUUCCAGAUGAUGGACAUCUCUAGAGCGGGCGUUGAGCCCGCCGUGGUCAGGUUUUACCGUCAAUACAUGCAGCAGAUAAACGACCUGACCUAUCCGCCGGGUAGUUUGCUGGUCAAGCAGGACGUCCAGGACUGUCUGUACAAGUACUUCUUCGACGAAACCCACAACAAGUUCCUCCCGCCCGCCCGCUACCAGGCCAGAGUCUUGAAGAGGAUUAUCGAAGACAUUGAAAAGUCCUGUCGAGAUCCUGAACAAGAUCAAGUAUCCGAUCUGUUAAUGGAACACAUGGGCCACUUGUCCACGAUACCAAGUCAAACGCCGUCGGACGAAGCCCAACAAAUGCACGUCCACUCAUACUUCCCCCCACUCCCACUCGACGAACCUGGCGUGCAGCCCGUUUUGAUCCGCGAAGCAAGAAACCUCUUAUCCCGCGGCACCAACGUCGGGCUGCGCACGUGGGAAGCCGCUCUUCAUCUAGCAUGGUAUCUCACUGUCCAGAAACCAGAACUGGUCAGAACCAAGACCGUGCUGGAACUCGGGGCCGGCACGGGGUUUUUGUCAUUGCUUUCUGCAGGGCAUCUGGGAGCGUCGCGCGUCGUAGCCACCGAUGGCCUGGCGAAUGUGUGCGAGACCAUGCAGGCCAAUGCCGACUUAAACCGCGACAACAACACGCUGUGCGGUCACAGUCCACCUGAAGUGCGACAGCUCGACUGGACCGACCGACCGGAAAUUGACCGUUUGAUCGACUCGGCCAAGACAGCCGGCACGCAGUUCGAUUUGGUCAUCGGCGCCGACAUCACCUAUCAUCCCGACAUUCUGCGCCCACUGGCCGAGCUUUUGGGGAUCUUGAAGGACAACUUCCCCGACGUUGUGAUCCUCAUCUCGGCCACCAUUCGCAGCGACACUUUCGCACAAUUCACCACCAUUUGCCAGAACGAAGUUGGCUUCAGGGUCGUUGAGCAACAGUGCAAUAUCCCCGACAGCGUGCGAUACUCAGGGUUCUUUCACUCCGUGGCCACCCCGAUCAAAAUCGUGUCGUUGGAGAGAUAAUAAACAGCACAGCACAUGGCAUGAAUGAUGUUAUAUAAUUCGGUACUGUGUGUAUAUACAUUACAUUCCAAUAUUAAUAAAUAUAUAAGGUCCGGUACUGUAACCCCGAGACAAAAAGGCCUCGCAAGCAGUGCAAUAUAUACAAUGCCAGACAUCUGGCCAUAACUUGAUCAAUACAAGCAAACACGCCAAUCCA